ACAGUAUUAAUGACGAUUCAUUUAGCCACACAGGCUUUUUAUUUAAUGCAAAGUGGUGGUGGUGGUUAAGUUUACAGCUUGCUUUCGCUGAAAAACGGGCUGUUCAUUUCUACAUUUCCCCGUGAAAGUUUGGGUCGUACAUUGAGCAGAUUUUAUGCCCAUAUUGCUGCUAUUAAUGUUGCAGUUGGUUUCGAAUGCUGUUUUGGAACUUAAUGUUUGAGGGUUGCAUGGCGUGAUCCUUUUAAUGUUUAUUAAGAAACAUUAUUGAAAAGAAUGAAAAAAUUAUCGCAAAUGAAGAAAAAAAAAAAAGAAACUACUAAUACUCCACAAAACGCUACUUCUGGCUAACAAGAAAUCAAAUGCUUAUUACACUAAAAAAUCACUACUACAAAUAAUGAAAACACUACCACAAAUCACUACCAAUCAAAUCAAAACACUCCUCUUGCAAUCAGAAAGCAUACCAGAUCCAACAAAUGCGAGCGCAGGUGGACGAUUCAUCUAGGAGGGUCGGGCGGGUCUUUGGGAAGGCUAUGACACAAAUGGACAUGAUGAUUGGUUGGGAACAACCCCCGCAAGAGUGGACUUGUUUGAAUACAGAUGGUUCUGUAAGCAUAGGUCACGACAGCUCACAACAGGUGGAGUCUUGCGCGGCCAGGAUGGGCGGUUCUUGAGAGGUUUUUACGGCCAACCUCGGUGGUGGCUCGAUCACACAUGCGGAAUUGGCUGUGAUCUUUCAUGGCCUCCGUAUGACUUGGGACGCAGGGAUUCGGAAGCUUUAGGUGCAAACUGACUCGACACAGCUAUCAGACUCAUUAAUGGUGAAACGUCUAACCAUCCUCAUCAUACGUUAGUCGCCUCGGUGCUACAAUUGCUGGCUCGUGAGUGGGAAGUUCAGUUAACGCAUGUUUUUCGGGAGCGAAAUUAUGUAGCAGAUUAUCUGGCCUCGAUUGGUCAUUCUUUUCCUGUUGGGAUCCGGUUUGUGGAUAAACCGAGUCCUAUGCUCGACUGCUGGUUGUACUUUGACGCCAUUGGGAUUCAGACCCAGCGUAUGAUUAAUAUUUAAGGGUUGGAGCCCCCCUCUGCACUCUUGUUUCUACAAAAAAAAGAAGAAGUCUUACUCCGAUGAUGUUGUGGAGUGCAACGAAUCUGGCUUCCACCACUAUUUUGCCUCAUCGUCAAUGGAGGAACACAUAUCUAUGUUAUCAUUCAAUAGAUAUGGACCUAGAGCUGCUCGUCAAUGCUCCAGAUCGCCAUUGGCGGUAACGGUGAGACGGUGGUCGACUUCCAAUACGGUGAAUCCGACAGCCACCCUCAUAUCACAAGUUGUCGUUGUCGCCGCCGCUCACCUCGUCCAUCGUCGUCGACGAGACCAUGUCGCCACAGGAGAUCAAAGCGAGUCUCCAGAUCUGACACUUCCUAUGUCGAAUCCAUCACCAUCGACGCCCUCGCUGCAUGCAACCUGAAUCGCUAUCGAUGCCCUUGGCGCCUGCCCUCCUCCAUCACCAUUAGGGGUGAACAAAACAACCCGCAAACCGACCCACCCGUCCAAAACGACCCAACCCACCCAUAUUUAUUGUCAAAAUUAAAGUUUAAAGUUGGGUGAGGGUUUUCCUUUGUACAAUAUUUCAUUAAAAUCGUUGAAAUAAAUUGCAUUUCAUUAAAAUCCAAACAAUAUUUAUGCAUAUUGAAACUUUUUGCCUCAAUUUAUUUGUUUAAAAUCUUAAUUAUUUAUAUAAUAUUUUUGUAGUUUAUAAUAGUUGUCUUUUUGUGUUGGGUUGGAUAUUUAAUUAAAAAUAUCUCCAACCCAACCCAACCCAAUUAUAAACAAACAGUAGGGUUUUAAUUUUUUUGGGUGGGUUGGAUUUAACAUUUUCAAAACCGUAGUAUAUGAGUCAGGUGAUUAAAAUGACCAAACCCGAACCACCUGACCCAUGUAUACCCCUAAUUGCCAUCGACAACCUGUGAUGAGGCCGCUCCUGAAGAAGAAAGAGAGAAUCUAGUUGGGAACUUGGGGGCUUUUUGAAAGGUGAGUGGAGAGGAACGGUUUUAGAAGUAGGCGACCACAAAAACAAAUAUAUAUUAGGGUUUGUGGGGUGUGAAUUUUUUUUUGACAUAAUUGACCUUUUCAAAAUUGUAACCUAUUGAUUAAAACUACAUCUAACGGUGGAAAACUUAAUUAGCAUGGUACUAAGCCCUUAGAGCAUCUCCAUUGGUGCAAUUGCAUUUGUUUUUUAUUGUUAUUUCUUUUUUUUUUUUUUUUGCAAUCCAACUCAUCUUACUUGCAUUUAGGGCUGUUAAUGAGCCGAGUCGAGCCGAGCUUUGCCAUAGUUCGGGCUCGGCUCGUUAAUAUAUUUCCAGGCUCGAGCUCGGCUCGUAUUCGUCACGAGCUUUAAUAUUCAAGCUCGAGCUCGGCUCGUCUAUGAAAAUGAAAGCUCGAACUCGGCUCGUCAAAUAAGCUUAACGAGCCCAAAAUCAAGUUCAGCUCAUAAAAUGUUCAUGAUAGCUCAAGAUUGUCCUAGAACUACGCACAAAAUUACAUUUAAAUCUGUAGCAAAGUAAAACACAAUAUUUAUCCCAAUUUCAAUACAUAAAAUCCAUGAAUUCUAAUUCUUUUUUUUAUGCCAAACCAUUAAAUGAGCUUGUUCGCGAGCUUUCGAGCUGAACAUGGUAUGGCUUGAGUUCGGCUCGUUUAGUUAACGAGCUUGUUCGCGAGCCGGCUCGAUUAAAACGAAUCGAGUAUCAAACGAGUUUUUCUCGAAUCGCACACCGAGCCGUUCAUGAGCGGCUUGGUUCAUUAACAGCCCUACUUGCAUUGCACCACAUCAAUGCAAUUAACUUGCAAUUGCAACUAAUUUUUUUAAUUUAAUUUAUUAAAACAUAAACACUCAAAUAAUAAAAUUAAUGAAUAAUUUAACAAUAAAAAAAUUAUGUGGCUUGCAUUCCAUAAUUGUAUUAUAUGCAAUAAUAAAAUUAAUGAAUAAUUUAACAAUAAAAAAAUUAUGUGGCUUGCAAAAAUGCAAUUGUCAUCUACAUCAAUGCAAUUUCAUAAUGCAAUUGCAAAUGAAUGUCAUGUCAUAAUACAAUUUUAAAUGAAAU